UGCACUUUGCACCUUGCCCAUGAAUGAUAAAUACAUUCCCCCAUAAGUGAAUAAAGUAGAAAUUAGAGAGUCACAUGGUGCUUAUUUUGUUAUCAGGUAAAACGUUUCGGAUAGAAGAAAAGAAGAGAAAGAAAGAAAAAGAAAAUAAAAGAAAGGAAAAGAAGAAAAGGUAUACAAAAGAGGAGAAGAAGAAUAUCCACGGAGAAAGAGAAAAGCAUACAACAACGGACAAGAAACGUUCCAGGAGCCCAGAUAAAAGCCCCAUGUACUCAGAAGAAGAUUCGAGGGGAAGCAGAAACACCAGCGCCCCUUGAUAUCAAUAAUUACCACCUUAUAAAACAGCUAGGCGAAGGGAGCUUUGGCAAGGUGA